UAAAAAAGAUUUAUUUUUAUUUUUUUAAUUAUGUGGCGGUGGGGGGUGGAUCGGUGCACAUAAAUGCAAGGGCCUACAGAGGUGCGAGAUAUCAGAUUCCCCUGGGUUAAAGUCAGUUGUAAACCACCUGGUGUGGGUGGUAGUAAUGGAAGUCAGGUUCUCAGGAAGAACAAUAUGUGCUCUUAACCACUGAGCCAUCUCUCCAGCCCAGGAAUUAUUCUUAAUUCAGCAUUUGGGGGGGGGGGGGUGUUUGUUUGUUUUACUGUUCAAGAGUAUACAAACACACAGGAUGACUCAGCCGAAGGCACUUCCCAAACCCAAGUGUCUGAGUUUGAUCCCGGAACCUAUCAAGAUGAACUAAUUACUGCACAAUUCCUUCUCACCAACAAACACACACAAAUAUGGUAUUCGUGUAUACUUCAAAACUACUAAUAUUAGUACUAGUUCGUGAAUUCCUUAGGAUGUUCCAAAUGCAAGACCGAGGUAUAGGUUGGUUGACAUCUUUCCAAAAUCAAGAGAAACGAGAGAGGGAACUCUGCAAAAGCGGCUGAAUUUCCAGGCCUAGUUCUCCAGCUUGCCGUUCCCAUCCCCCGCCCCUGGAACGCAGUCUCUGAGGUUGUCCUGGUUGCCAAGGGAGCUCUGGGCGCACUCAUUCUAGCCACCAGGAAAGAGUGGUGUGUGGUUAGGGGUGGGUGAACCCCUGUUCAUUCUCCGAGGGGAUCGUGGGCCAAAUCCGGGUACCAAGUUAGGAACCAUGCCUGUGUUGCUCCCUUCCACCGACCGGGACCAGGACUCGCGUGUUGGAGCUCCAGAAUGGCACCAGGCGGCCAAGGCCACGUCCCGCAAGGCACACCUUCUGACCGAUCGCUGUGGGAAGGAGGCAGUGACCAUGUGGCAGCCCAAGGACAGUGUGCUGGACCCAAACGUGGCGCACCACUUGGGCCGUGCCGCCUACAUGGAACCCUGGCGCUUUCGAGUGGAGAUGCUCAAAGGGGGCGGCACCGUGGAAAAGCCACCUCCCGGCGAAGGCGUCACGCUAUGGAAAGGGAAGAUGAAACCCCCGGCCUGAUCCCAGACAAGGCUGACAGCAUGCUUGUCUGGGAGAGAGAGGAACUGAAGUCCAUGAAGAGAAAAAUGGAGAAAGACAUGGAAAGAUCGGAGGCCUUGCUCAAGGCUCUGGCCUCCUGCAGGGACACUCUGGACUUCUACUGUCAGGAAAGGCUGCAAGCUGUGGGACUCAUGAACCAGCCGCUGGACAAGGUUCUGGAGCAGGCUGGCCGCCACUCGUGGGUAGACAUCACCCGACCCCCAACUCCUCGAACUCAGGGCUUGAAAACGCCUCCUCCUGACCCCGUGGGCGCAUACACCCCAGCCUGUGCUAAGGCCUUGUUUGAAGCCAAGCGCUUGUUGAUGGAGUCCAAGGACAUCUUAGCCGAGCUGGCGAAGAACGAGGUGGACAUUCAGAAUCAACAACAGGAGAUAAGCGAUCGUGUAUGCAACUCUCUGGCACAGAAGAUGCGCGAGACCUUGGAGUUGAAGGAAAGAAUGACCAUGACUUUAGGGCUAAUGAGGGGGACUAUCCACCGGUGCAUGAAAUUCAAUCAAGAAAUGUAUGUCACACGGGGCCUCAUCAAGGGUCCUUUGUUGAAAAGAGACCUGGAGGCGCGAGAGAAACUGAACAGACCCUUGGUUCGCAUGUAUCAGAGACAUGUGGGCACCCAGCUGCCGGAAGCUACUCGCCUUGCCCAGGGUACUGACCUGCUAACCCGCCACAACUUGCAAAUGGAAAAGAACUUAAAAGAACUCCGUACAACACACGACAACCUCGCCUGGAGCCUCAACUGCAAAAAGAUAGGACACGAUGUGGACUAUGAUGUGGUGCGUCUGCGCCUACGCCAGCUCCACCCGCACGUGUGCUAUGAGCAGGCGAAGCGCCUGAUCAACGACUGGGACCCUCGCACACCACCACCGUGCAGCCGAACCAAUACCUCCUCCAAGUGAUCACAGCUAGCCUUGGCCCUGGGCAGCUGGAGCGGAUGCCCCCAGAUAAACGGCCCUCCCUUCCCUCUGACUAACCUUCCCUCCAAACGCCCUCUAACAGAAGUAUAAUUAAAAUAUAUUAUCAUUAUUA